UUAAGCAUUAGAAUCAACUGACUCAAUAAGUGGGAGUAUCUAAGAGGGGAGGGGUCAUAUGGGCAGAGAGUAGAUUGGAGGCUGAGCCUAAAUUUAGGAUUACAACCUCCCACCCCCUAUUUGCUCCUCAUGUUAAAUACUAAAAUGUGAAUAUCUACAGAUCAAUAUUCACUGACUGAGCCAAACUUGAGACACCCCAAACAAUGAAUGUUAAAGCAGGCCUCUCAAAUGGCAAGAUCAGCAGCAGGUUGAAGGACCUGGUCCCUAUCCCUCAGCCCCAGUCAGAGGAGAAGAUGCAGGAGAGGGGCCAAUGGAGCAACAAACUGGAGUUCAUCCUGUCUGUGAUGGGAUCCAUCAUCGGCCUGGGGAACAUGUGGCGCUUUCCUUACCUCUGCUACAAGAACGGAGGAGGUGCAUUUCUCAUCCCCUACUUGAUCUUCCUGUUCACCUGUGGCAUACCUGUGUUCUUCCUGGAGACUGCUCUGGGCCAGUACACCAGCGAGGGAGGCAUCACCUGCUGGAGGAAGAUCAGUCCACUGUUUGAGGGUCUUGGCUAUGGCACCCAGAUCAUUGUGGCUCUGCUGAACUCCUACUACAUCGUGGUUCUAGCUUGGGGAAUCUUCUACCUGUCUUUCUCCUUCUCCUGGGAACUCCCUUGGUCCUCCUGCAACAACACCUGGAAUACAGAAAAUUGCGUGGAGUUUCAGAGGAAGAACUAUUCUGUCAACUACACCUUGCCCGAAAACUCCACAUCCCCUGUCAUUGAAUUCUGGGAGAGAAGAGCCUUGAGGCUGUCGUCCGGCAUCGACCACAUGGGCUCUCUGAACUGGGACCUGGCCUUCUGUCUGGCCAUCGCCUGGGUCAUGUGUUACUUCUGCAUCUGGAAAGGGGUCAAAUCCACUGGGAAGGUGGUGUACUUCACAGCUACCUUCCCCUACCUGAUGCUAAUAGUUCUGCUGAUUCGUGGAGUCACUUUACCUGGAGCGGACCUGGGGAUCAAGUUCUACCUUUACCCUGACCUGUCAAGACUAGCAGAUCCUCAGGUAUGGAUGGAUGCAGGCACCCAGAUCUUCUUCUCCUAUGCCAUCUGUCUAGGCUCCCUCAUAGCAUUGGGGAGUUACAACAAGUACAACAACAACUGCUACAAAGACUGCCUGGCCCUGUGCUUCCUGAACAGUGGGACAAGCUUUGUGGCAGGCUUUGCCAUCUUCUCCAUCCUGGGUUUCAUGGCUUAUGAACAGGAUGUCCCCAUCUCAGCGGUAGCAGAGUCUGGUCCUGGUCUGGCCUUCAUUGCGUAUCCUCGUGCUGUGGCCAUGAUGCCGUUUUCUUCACUAUGGGCCGUCUUCUUCUUUAUCAUGAUCAUCCUGCUAGGGUUGGACAGUCAAUUUGUGUGUGUAGAGAGCUUGACAACAGCCAUGGUGGACAUGUAUCCCGAGGUGUUUCGUCGUAAGAACCGCAGGGAGCUCUUUCUGGCUUUUGUGGCCUUCAUCUCCUUCCUCAUGGGCCUGGUCAUGCUGAUGGAGGGUGGGUUAUAUGUAUUCCAGCUGAUGGACUACUAUGCUGCUAGUGGCAUGUGUCUUCUCUUCAUGGCCAUCUUUGAGACAGUCUCCAUCGCAUGGGUCUAUGGUGUCGACCGCUUCUAUGAUAACAUCGAAGACAUGAUUGGCUACCGUCCAGGACCUUACAUUAAAUACUGCUGGCUGUAUGUCACCCCAGCCACAUGUGUUGCCACCUUUGCGUUCUCCCUCAUCAAGUACACCCCUCUGAAGUACAACAAUGAGUAUGUGUACCCCUGGUGGGGCUAUGUGAUAGGCUGGCUCCUGGCUCUUGCCUCCAUGGUCUGCAUCCCUUUCUGGAUUAUCUACAAACUCUCCACCACAGAAGGAACGUUCAGAGAGCGCAUUCACAUCCUCCUCCAGCCCUCUAACGACCUACCCAAAACCAAGAGGGAACAGGAGAGAAUGCUGGCCACCUUUGACCCCAAGGGCGAGGGAGGCAUGGAGCCAGUAGGGGUAGCAGUCAAAGAUGGCUACCUCCCAGUGGGGGUGAAGGACUCAAACUGCUAAUAAGACCCCAGUGACACCAUUGGAGUGACUAAUUCAGCUUAGUCAUUUUGAGAAAUUAACUGAAAUUCCAAUUCAAGAUAAAGUGUAUCAGGCAGCCCGAUAAGCAAUGAGAGAAAGGAACAAUUUUGCUCUUUUACACAACCAAUGUGCUUUCAGGUAUAAAACAAGUCAACUGUUCAAUUACAAAAGCUUCUUUCUCAUUGUUCAAUGGACACUGAUCUCCACAUGUAUUUUAUUGUUGGUCUAUUGCCAAGUGAUAGAUUGUUGUUAGGCCUACUAUAUUGUAUUCCAUGUAUUAAAGGAAUCAUCUCACAGGGCACAAUGCCAAUUCAACGUCUUCCACGUUGGUUAAACGUAAUUUCAUUGAAAUUACAUGGAAACAACAUUGAUUCAACCACUGUGUGCCCAGUGGGAAGGGUAAAGGAAGCUGUACAUUACAAAUGAGAUGAAUAACUGUUGUUGUUAGAAUGUGGAUCAUUGCUAAACAAGGAUGUAUUGUGUCAUCUUGGUCAAUUUAACAAGAGCUAACAACGGUUGGGCUAAUAGAAAACGUGUACAAUAUUUUAAUGAUUGAUUUCCUGUGUAACAUGACUACAAAAGCCUGUACAAAAUAAAUAUGAAUAUGUAUGUUUUGAAAUAAACAAAAUGUGUAGUAUCAGUA